UAUUUUCCAUAAUAACAUCAGAAUCAAGAAUUGCCUUUCAUUAGACUACUAUAUAAUGUUCCCAUCAUAUAAUGGGUCUCUGAAAGCUAACCCGGGCAUGCAAAAAAGCUAUUUUUAUCUUUGUUAAUAAAAAGGCAAAAUUGUUUACACGCUCUUUGGAAAUUGGCUCAAAGCACGUCACUGGAUACAAAUUUUCUGUUGUUAUCACGUAUCCAAAACACACCCGCGCAAUCACAAAAAUGUAACGCUAACAUUAAUAACAGCAAAAAUUCCAAAGUUCAAACCAAGACAGUAAUUAUACAAGGUAGGUUAACGGAAGGUAGAUUUCAGAGGUAAAAUAAAGAAUGACAUUCUGUGUAGACUCAACUCUAGUGUUGGCUUGAGUCCUCGAUGACAAAUUGCCUUGCGUCAAUAGUGGGAGUCUACGAUGUCGCCAUGUGUGUGUGAAUAAAUGUGCAAGGAUCGCACGGAGAGGGCCCGCCAAUCGGACAAUGGCUUCCCACUGUUUGUAUUUCUGAAAGCCACAUUAUUCAGACAUUUAGAAUAUCUUCUUUUAUGCUGUGUCACUCUUUGCUUUUGUAUCCAUCAGUGUCUCUAGAGUUACGUUCUUAUCAGUGUCGACUGUCCAUAGGGUUCUGAUGGAGACAAUAGACUUAAUUUUUGCAUGGUGUCUAGUGGGAGUGGUCAGUGAAGGGCUUCAUGAAUCACGUGAACAAAAGGGGUUCUUGCCUCAAGCUGGCAUGUUAGUUUGUUUCAUUCAGCAUUUCAGUGUACAUUCUUUAAGGGUGCUGCAUUAAUUAUGGGAACAGCUCAAAGGUGAGCAUACAGGACCAUUGGAUUGAGUUUGGGACAGAUGGCAGUUUUCUGUAUUUGAUAUCUAGCACAAAGAGAAAACACAAGUCAGCCCAUCAAAACACUGCACAGAAGGAAGCUAAUUACAGCACAAGCAUGGCAGACCAGAAAGAUAGACUGGAUGAUUUUAAAGUCCAGACACCCAAGAAUACCAACAUCAGCUCGGCCCAACUACGGCAGCACAAUGAACACUCGAAAGACCGCGCCUCAAAAAGGCUCUCCACUGACUCUAAUGGGACAAGCGACGGAGGUGUGGGCUCAUCCACACCAGUGGAGCUGACCGCCUUAGAGGAGUCGUUUCGUCGUUUCGCCAUCCACGGCGACACGCGCGCUACCGGAAAAGACAUGCACGGAAAGAACUGGUCUAAGCUCUGCAAGGACUGUGGCGUGAUCGACGGCAAGAACAUCACCCUCACCGACGUCGACAUUGUCUUCUCCAAAGUCAAGAAGAAAUCCUGUCGCACCAUCACAUAUGACGAGUUCAAGGUCGCGCUGGGUGAGCUUGCCAGAAAAAAGUAUAAAGACAAGACUGGAGAAGAGGCUGAAGCUGAGGUAUUCAAGCUGAUUGAAGGAAAGACGCCCGUCAUCGCCGGGGUGACGAGAGCUGUCGCUUCUCCGACAGUCAACCGACUGACAGACACCACCAAGUUCACGGGUUCGCACAAGGAGCGCUUCGACGACACAGGGCGCGGUAAAGGGAAGGCCGGACGAGUAGACCUGGUCGACACUUCAGGAUACGUCUCAGGAUACAAGCAUCGAGGGACCUACGAAAAGAAGGUCACUAAACCCCCCACUGCCAAACCCAUGUGAAGGGUGGAGAUCAACGUGGAUUGCUGGCUAGGAUCAUUCUCUUUGAAAAGAUUAUUCAAAACAAGAAAAGCAAAAUCGGUUGUCAAAUAUUUUCCCACCCAGUUAUUUUGUCUAUGUACGUAUGCGUGCGGAGAGUGUCUCUCUCUUUAUGAAAGUGUGAGAACUGGAAAACUGUUUACAUCUAUUUUUACAAAGUCUUCACCAGCUGGUACAUUCCUGUCUAAUAGCGAGCUACUGCCAAGAGGACAACGCUGAUGAUGAUGAUAAUGAUGAUGAAGCGCUGUUGUUUUGAUCCGGCCUUAGAAAAUUUAUCAAGCACAAUGAACAAUGGAAGCCAAGAAAAACAAACAAAAAAAAACAUACAAGGGUUACAUGUAAUUGCACUUUUUUUUUGCAUAUAAAACAACAACACCCACUUUAAGAUUUCAAUUGGCAAAGUGUUCCAGAUAAUUGGCAUUCAUUUCUAAAUGUAUUUAAUAUUCUGUCUGGUGUCUAUCGCUUGUUAACUAUUCACACUUGUCAAUGGUCUAUAAACUUCAGUUUUCAUUUUAUAAGAGCUUUCUUUUUCUUAAUAUGCCUUCAGCUCAUCUAUUUUGUCACCCAAGUAAAUUUAAAGAGAUUCCCCUAUUUUCUCUCCCCAUCUCUUUUAAUGCCAUUUUGCAUAAAGUUUUAAAAUCUGUAAAUUCAGCAGACAGAAGCAAAGUUGUGCAAGAUUGUAUUUUUAACAUUUGACUCAAGAUAUUUCCCCCCCUUUUCUGCACAGUACCUCUAAUAUAUUUGUGGUUAGAUUGUGUAUGAUCUAAUAACCGUAGCCACUCUGAUUUCUGACACUGGCUUAAUAUUCCUUUCUAUGUUGCUGUACCUUGUGCAUGUUCUUAUGUAUAUUACAUUUGAUUGAGAAGCACAGAAAUGAUAGUAGAACUUUGUUGUAUUUGAUCUACUGUGCCUGCUGUGAGGACAAACUACUGGACGGUUUUUUCUUGCUUAGAAAUAUUCGAGUCAUGCAACGUUUUAUAGCUUGAUAUCCAUACAAUAUAUACAUGGAAAAAGUUGGCUGCCAUCAAAUGUUGUUAUAGUUGUUAUCCAGAGAACCUUUUAUGUGUGGUACUGUCAUCCAAGACAAAAACUGAAGAAGAAAAAAAGCAGGGAAUGCCGGUUAUAUCCUUAAAUACUGUCUGAUGUAAAAGGGAAAGAAAUCCAAACUUUUGUAAAACAUUUUUAAAAGUGACAGUGUUUGUUGUCACACUUGCCUGCAGUCGCAGCCGCAAAACUAUAGCAGCUAUCAGUGUAAUUAUUUUGUCUGCUGCAGUAGCUCGAGUAAGCUCCCUGUGCUUAAUGCCAAAUACUGUGCACCUUUAAUGUGGACGAACUUUAUGUGAGUAUUAUUUUUGAAUUCAUAACUUUUUAAUGUGCUAUUGUGUCCCUGGUGCAUGCAGUGGAUCUUUGUACUUGUUCUUUAGACCUCUUAAUUGUGUGUUCAUGAUUUGUAGUGCAUUACUGAAAAUAAAACAAAAGCACAUCCAA